AUGGCUUGCAAUUGGAGCACAUGGUUGGUUCACGAUCAAUACUCCCCUCCUUCCGAGCUGAUAUUCUUCUCCCAUUGUGGCGAGCGAUUUUCCCAGGGAUUACUUCGCCAAUUGCAAUGGUCGAGUAAAAGGGACCAUGAGGAAGGGAGCUGUGGCUGUGCAGACUAG